AUGCCCAUGCCCACUACUCCAUCUACUGCUGAAACUCAAUUGGUUGGCUAUACCACCACCCUUACCCCCAUCCCAUUAACUCUCCCUACUGCUAAAACUCAAACGACUGAGAAGGCAACCAACCUUACCACCAACACAAUCUCGACAACUCUACCUACUGCUAAAACUCAAUUGAAUGGGUUGGAAACCAAACCUACCACCAAUACCAUCCCCAAAACUUCACCUACUAUAGAAACUCAAACAAUUGGACAGACCGCCAUCCCCUCUUCUAGAGGGAACCCCUGCCAGGAUGGUGAAGAAAUUCUAAUCAGUAGCAGCUUAAAAGCGGAAGGGUUCCCCCUCUCAAGAGUUCUUGUGGAAUUGCUUGAGAGAGGGCUUAAUGUUGUUAGCUAUGUUUCUACAAAAGCAAAUGAAAUGUCGCUGCAUAUAAUUCAGUGUGAGGCCAGCGAUAUCAGAUGCAAUGAUCUAUCCACGCUUACAGGAAGACUGACCGACGUGAUUAACCUUAGACGUGAUAACUCUUAG